CAUGACUGAGUCUAAUAUUUAAUCUUUUGUGUGUUGGCUGCAGUGUGCUUUGCCCUUCUGUUAAAGUGUAUGUGGUUUCUUAGAGCUGCAGAUAACCUGUGCUGUUCAUCUAGCAAAGCCAUUUGGGCAUUAUCCAUCGCUGAGCUUUACGCACUGUACAAAGGGAUGCUUUGUGCACUGUGACUGCAAGGGGAUCCCACUGGCAGCGGUAUCGAGGGGUGGAUUCCCUGGCAUUACCCGAGCUGUCUGGAGCCCCUUUGGGCAGAAGCCCACGCACCCAUACAGCCGAGCCACUGGUGCUGCCUGCGUUGGUGCACCGUCACCUGGGCUGGAGAGCUGUCCUCCGCUCUGAGUCAGACAUUUUUAAAGGCAGUGCAGCCUGAGGAGGUCAGCUCACCCGGUCGAUGUGAAAGCAAGACAAACCAAGGUGCAGCAGAUGAAGGAGGGGCAGCAAGGUCAGCUGGUGGAGACAGCAGCGUUGCUUUGAGCUACCCCAGCAUCCAUCUCCAUGCGUACAGCAUCGAGAGCAUGACAACGUUUCCGAAUGGCUGUGGAAAUGGCACCACUGUUACUUGUAUAGUUAUGGAUAAUAAAGAGCCCCAAAACCAGACUACCUGUGUCAGUCAUAAUGGGGGAUACAGCACCAGCAACAGUCAUGAGGAGGAAAUUCAAGAGGAUAAGCUCAGCCCUUCCAAAAUCAUGCGCUUUUUCACCACCCCUCGGAAACGGGCUAAUUCCAGCUCUGACAGGCCUCGUUCUCUGGUUUUGACAGGCAACUCAUCCACGUGGAAUGCUUUAUCUUCCAUCAGAAAAAUGGGAUCUUUCAAGAAGUUGAAAUCUUCCGUUCUCCAAGGAAUUCAAACAAGGGAAUGCUCAGACAUCUUAAAUGAGAACAGUGUAGGCAAACAUGGUUCAAAUGGGGCAGUGGUGAGAGUUCAGACUAACAGGUAUUCCUAUUCGGGGCCUCUCCAUGAUUUCCAGAACACAGUGGAUGGUUUAGCUUCUGACUGCUCUGAUGCAGAGGAGAGUGAUGAGUCUUUCCUGAGGAAUACUCAUCGCUCACGCAGCAUCAGGCGGGCUUAUGGUGCUGGCCGCAUAAACCUGCUAGACACAGAUAAAGCUCAGAGUCAUCAGAACUGUACUAGGCCAACAUCACCUGUCAUCACAGAGCCAAAGAUCUGUGAAAUUUUGGUGAAAGACUCUGAAAACAACAGGAUCAUUUAUCGGAGAAGCAAAAGUUCGGAUAAUUUGAACUUUCUGAAAAAAAGCUCAUUCAAACGGAAGUCGACCUCAAACCUCACUGACCUCAAGGCUGCAAAUGAAAAACAGAUGCCAACAAGGACUGUGAGUGUUACUUCUGCUGACUUGGACAAAACCAGUGGGAACCCUGAGAGGAGGUCCAAGCGAUGGAAGAGCCCUAUCAGGGCAAAGGAUUUUGACCGAGUUUUGAAACUUGUCAGUAACGUCACAGAUGUUGCAUGGAAGAAGGAUGGCCCGAAGAGCACCGCUCCUUCUCUUAACGAGGAGUCCCAGAGAACAAGGUCAAACAGCAGACUGCACGAUGACUACUCCCGCAGGGUUUCCAGCAGCACAGAUCAUGACAGAAAGCGGUGCACCUCCCCGGUAUCUAGUCCAGACUCUUCCUUGCUGGGAACACCUUGUCUGCAAAGUCCCACAGCUGCUCAGGAUAAAGAGGCUGAAAUGAAUGUACCUGUGGCUGAAGACAAAAGCCUCAGGACAUCAUCAGGUAUCCCAGACUCUGAUAGCUUAUCACCCACAUUGAAUGACCUUAGUCCAUUUCCCAAUGAAGUGUUUUAUUCAGAUUCGGAUGAACCAAAAGCUACCCAGCAGUUUACAUAUGAAGCUGAAAUCCCUCAUGUUCCAGUCAGGCCAACUACUCCAAAGCCUCGAAGUCCCACUGCAGAGAAGGUCAAGUGCAAUAUGAAUUUCCAGUGCCCAAACUAUCACAGCACAUUGUCACUGAGCUCAUCGGAGAGCGAGGAGAGAGUCGAGGUACCAGGGCUGAAGCUGGGCAGGAAUCCUGUUUGCUUCCAGGACUCCGUGCAAACUGUGUAUUAUGAUGAUGGAAAUGAAGACAGUGGCAUAAGCAGCCACUCUCAGCUAAGCCUCAAUUUAGCCUCUGGUGCUGAAGAGAAAAAGGAAGAGGUUGUUUCUGAUGACCACUGGAAGAGGUCCCCAUCCCAGGAGGACGAAAAGACAGACACACAAAAGGUCACACCCAGGAGAUGGGGCUCUGGAAAAAGAUCUCGUCCCAGACCUCUCUCAGACUAUGGCCAAAUGUCCAUCAGAAGUUUCUCAAUACCAGAAGAUGCAGUUGCGGUGGAGUCUCAGAAGACAGACUGCACAGAUGGAGAAAAUCAGCCAGGACUGGCUUCUGUUGGGUCUGCGAUCCAAAGCAAUACAGUAGGCUACCACAGAGGGCGAAAAAGAAGACCCAUCUCCGUAAUAGGUGGGGUCAAUUUCUAUGGAAGCGGUCCGACAGAAGAGAUAGAAGGUCUGCUGACACAACCUGUUACACGGCCACCUGUUCCAGCGCACCAGGUACCCCCUUACAGAGCUGUUUCAGCCAGGUUUCGGCCGCUCACCUUUUCACAAAGUACCCCCAUUGGCCUGGACCGGGUCGGACGAAGGCGGCAGAUGAGAACAUCUAACGUUGCUGCAGAUGGUGGGACUGAAUCGUCAGCCUUAGCGGACGACAAUGGCAGUGAGGAAGACUACAGUUACGAGGAGCUCUGCCAAGCCACUCCCAGGUACCUGCAGCCUGGAGGGGAACAGCUAGCAAUUAAUGAGCUGAUAAGUGAUGGCAGCAUUGUCUAUGCAGAAGCUCUCUGGGACCAUGUGACUAUGGAUGAUCAAGAGCUGGGCUUCAAAGCUGGAGAUGUCAUUAGAGUUCUAGAAGCUUCCAACAAAGACUGGUGGUGGGGAAGAAACGAGGACAAGGAAGCCUGGUUUCCAGCUAGCUUUGUCAGGCUGCGAGUUAAUCAGGAAGAAGUGCCAGAAAAUUGUAGUAGUAUCCAGGAUGAAGAACAAGAUGCAGAUAUUAGCAAGCAUCGUCAGAAAAUAGCUGAAAACAAGGAUCAGAUGAGAACCAACGUUAUACAGGAAAUUAUGAACACAGAACGAGUCUAUAUCAAGCAUCUCAAGGACAUCUGUGAGGGUUAUAUUCGGCAGUGUCGCAAACAUACAGGAAUGUUCACCACAGCUCAGUUAAGCACCAUUUUUGGAAAUAUUGAAGAUAUUUACAAGUUCCAAAGGAAAUUUCUGAAGGAUCUUGAGAAACAGUACAACAAAGAGGAACCUCAUCUAAGUGAAAUAGGGUCAUGUUUUCUUCAACAUCAAGAAGGCUUUGCUAUUUAUUCAGAGUAUUGUAACAAUCAUCCCAGUGCCUGCAUUGAACUUGCCAAGCUAAUGAAACAGGGCAAAUACCGUCACUUCUUUGAGGCCUGUCGCUUGCUUCAGCAGAUGAUUGACAUUGCCAUUGAUGGUUUUCUUCUCACGCCUGUUCAGAAAAUCUGCAAAUACCCUCUGCAGCUUGCAGAAUUGCUCAAAUACACCACUCAGGAACACAGUGAUUAUAACAACAUAAAAGCUGCGUAUGAGGCUAUGAAGAAUGUAGCGUGCCUGAUCAACGAGCGAAAACGAAGACUAGAAAGCAUAGACAAGAUUGCACGUUGGCAAGUCUCUAUCGUAGACUGGGAGGGACCAGACGUGUUAGCCAGAAGCUCAGAACUGAUCCACUCAGGAGAAUUGACCAAAAUAUCAAAGCAAGGAAAAAGCCAGCAGAGGACAUUCUUCCUUUUCGACCAUCAACUUGUGUUCUGUAAAAAGGACUUACUGAGAAGGGACAUCUUGUAUUAUAAGGAUCGUAUUGACAUGGAUGAGAUGGAAAUUGUGGACGCUGAAGAUGGCAGAGACAAAGACUUUAACAUUAAUGUCAAAAAUGCUUUUAAGAUAAUAAACAGAGCAACAGAAGAGAUUCAUUUGUUCUGUGCAAAAAAACAGGAGGAUAAAAAGAGAUGGAUGGAGGCGUGCGAAAGUGAGAGGAGAAGAGUUCAGGAAGACAAGGAAAUGGUGACAAAAGGUCCAUUUGCACAAUUCCAUUGGCAAAACAUACACAGAGAAGACAGCAGCACUAGAAUGGAAAUCUCAGAAAACCAGAAGAAGCAAGCCAUGCAGAAUGCCCGAAAGUCAAGGCAUGGAAAAAUUAAAGGUGUAAGCUAUAAUGGGUGUCCUGUGCCUCCUCCACACCAAAGCCUGCAUCCUAUUCAUCAGCGCCACAUCACUGUGCCUACCAGCAUCCCACAGCAGCAGGUUUUUGCCCUGGCAGAACCCAAGCGGAAGCCAUCCCUCUUCUGGCAUACCUUCAACAAACUCACCCCCUUUAAAAAGUGAGGGAACAAGGACCUGGGAAGGACAUCAGCAUGGAGGGAGACUUACUCCAGAGAGGGACCUUGGAGAUAUGGUUAAGCUUAUUUGCGCUCAGUGAGUCUGCUAUUCCAGAGGGAAAACCUUGGGCUCCCUUGAGCCAGAAAUACAACCUGUGUCUAGAAGAAGAAUGAAGUUCCUCAGGACUGCUCUGAAGUCAAUGUGGCCUCCUGUUAGCAUUGCUGAUGAAGAGCAGUCUCCCUUCUGACAAAGACAACUUACUGUUACUCUGAAGCAGCAGUAUUUGAUCUCUUAGUUAUGUUGAAGUAGUGAUGGAAUCAUGCAGGUCAUUGUAACAUUUCAUUUUUCUUAACCUUAUAUUGAUGGCCAAAUUUAGGAUAGAGAGGAAUUUUUCCUUAGGGGUAUAUCAGCAAGGAAUCUUAGGAGAGUUUUCUCCUUCCUUGUAGAGCACUGAGCAGAGACCACCCAUUAAAACCAGGUGGAGACAUCCCAUGUGAUUAACCAGCUGUUGCAGAGUUUAGUGGACCCUCAUUCUUCCUGUCUUUUCCUAUUAAAUUGCCAAAUGGCAGGAGAACAUCCCACAAGGCCUUACCAUAUUCCAGAUUGGAACAGGGAAAUUUUAUUCUGUCAUAUAGAAACAUGAACAGAGUGUGAAAUGGACUAUAAAGAUAUGUGCAUUUAUUGCACACAAGUAGAAAUAUGAGGAGCCAUGGGCAUCUCAGAUUGGUUGCUUUCAGUCACAGCAAUACACUGCAUGCAUGUAUGCUCUUCAGUAUAGAGCUUUUAUAUCACUUUUUGCGCACUUCCUCCCCUGAGAGACGCUUCUUUAUAUUUCCGGUAUGUUUAUUUCUCUGUGUAAAAAGUAUUUUUUUAUUUUCUAACGGAGAUAAUGUGAAUGUACAAAGUCAGAGUUGAGUCAGUACGUGCUGACUGCUGGCUAUGUUACAUAGUUCUCACACUUUGUAUUCAUAUAGCUUGACUUAGGAAACGGAUAAAUGGUAAUGUAAAUAUAUUGAAGUGGUCUGGAUCCAUGCUUCUUACAGACAAUUGCCAAUGGGUUUUGACCAAUUGUUUCUUCACAAAGAAAGAGAAAUCCUUGCUGGAAGGGACAGAGAAAUUGCGUGGACUGGAGAUGGAUUUUUUGUCUCAAGAGUCAUCAGUCUGUAUUGGAAGGCGAAGAACCUGACUUGAUUAAGGUCAACUCUGGCCAGCAUAUGCAAUAUGUGAUUUGCAUUGCUUCGAUUUGCCGAUGACAUUAAGUUGAUUUGGGAGAAUAACUUUUAAAAAGCCACCAGGAAGAAACAGGAUCUUAAUAUUUGCAGCACUGAUCAUUUCUGCUUGAUAGCUCUCAUUAAGGAUGACAAGACUGCUGGUAAUACGGAAGGAAAGACAGACUCCAUAUGUUUCAGAACUGAUUUGCUAUGAAUGUCUUUACAAUACUUUAUCCUAUGCUGCUGAUUAGGGGCAUUAUCUAAUGAUAAGGAUAGAUCCAAUGACAAUGGACACAAUCAGCUUUGUCAUGAAUCUGUAAUAUAUGAAGAACAAACAAGGGGCUAGAGGCCAGGCAUCUUUACAACAAUAUAAAAAAGCCUUAUUUUAAACACGUAUUUGUUCCUGCUACUAUUGUUACCUCUAUAUUUUUAUUUAUCUUCAGUGUUGUGAAGCCCACUAGUGACUAGAUUUUGUGAUUUGAUAACUUUGUGGCAACUUCUGCCCAGGUUUGUGGUUUUGAUUUUAAAUGACAUCUUUUGACAACUGUACAUUUCAAAUGCCUUGUGUAUAUAGCUCAGCAAUAAUGCAAAGUCUGGUGAUGCUCAGCUGAAUUGUUCACUGAAUAGUGGACUUCAUUGUUUGUGCUUUCCCGUAGCGAUGGAAGAUGACCUGAAACAGUUAAGAACUGGAAAUAUGCACUGACAUUUUCAACGAUACAGCUUCAAGAAAAUGCACAGGAAAGUUAGUUAAAAAAAACAACUGGCUGGGUUGUAUUUUUCUUUUGAUGUUUAAAACAAGCCAUUUCUGUUCAGAUUUUUUUAAAAGGAUAAUUCUAAAUGCUCAAUUUAAACGCAAGGACCAGACUUCCAAAUGCAGGCAUGGAUGCAUGCCCUUCCCCAUAAAUGAGUAAUCCUUUUGUGUUUCCUACAUACCCAUUUUUGUGGGUACUAGCCACGUUCAGGCCUGCAAACCAAAGUGAUGCAUGUACUGUGGAAGUGGAGAUGAUGUUUUUCAUAUUCACAUUUUGAAAGACUUCUUCUAGAUGCAAAGUCUGAAGUUGGAUUGCAGUGCUCACCCAGAAACUUUCCCAGCUGGACCUGAAGACAUUGCAAAUGUCCACACUUACAUAUGUGUCUUUGCUAAAACCUACUUCCUUCCAGGGCUCGGUUCUGUGGAGUGCUGGGAAAAAAAUGAGGUUUUGGGAUGUAUCUUCUGAUGUGUCAGUGCCCAUGAAGGCUCUUCCCAUGUAGGUGCCUUAGCCCUAAAAAUGAACAGAAAUGUUUGCAUAUGGUUUUGGAUGCAGCAGUUUUUUUCUCAAGAAGUGAAUUUCAGAGAGAUAAAAAGCAAAUGUUUGAUGGUGCAGAUUACUCAGGACAGUUUUACAUGUAGUACCCUACAUAUAGACAUGGUUGUUUUAUAAUGUUCUCUGUGUCUUUCUUUGCAAUCUGACCUUGCAACAGAUUAAGAUAAAAUACAACAAGACAGGCCAAAUUUAGACUACACCAUAAUCUUAAACAAAUUAUAGUUAAAUGAAAACACACAAUUACAUCAUCCAACAAUUAAGACACAUAUUUACUUGGGGUUCAGCCUGACUUUAGAGUCUGUGGGAAAAAGAGUUGCAACUAAAAUAUAAAAGUUUGUGGUCUAGCAACUCUUGCACUGAUCCUCCUUCUGAUGACAAAACUUACAUAUGAUCAGAAAGGUGUGACAGCAACAUCUGUUCUGUUCCUCUUGCUUUUGCAUGCUUUAAGUUACUAUAAAAAAUUGUAGGGCAACUACUAAGCACAUUUGUGCCUCGUUUAGAUAAAGCACAGCCAGAGCCUUCCCAAUGGCCUGCUGAGCAGAUAACCUCAGACUUUAUGCAUGAGAUGCAGUAAAAUAUAAUUGUCCUCAAAUGUGUUCCCACUGAGUUAGGAAAAUGCCAAACCAUAAUUGCAUCUAACUCGGAGCAUUUGAUGUAUAAAAUAAUAAGAUUGUUUUACAAGUGGCUCUUGCCAUGCUAAAUUUCACAUUGAGUUUUAGUGGUCAGUGUAAUAAUGGCAUUCAAAGACAGACUACUCAAAUGUUCCACAUUUUAGUUGUCUUUUGAAAAUAAUUAUAACAGAGUUUUGGAGCCAAAGGUCUUUAGCCAUAACUAACACAGUACCUUUCUUUGACUGCCUUUCUGCUUUUUUUCUAUAUGUGUGGCAUUUGUAUGUAGGAGAUGCCUUCUGAACGAUCUCUAAUUUAAAACUAUUCAUUGUAAAUACUAGGGAUGACGUGCAUAUGUAUUUUAUUUUGACUAGUGUUUUGUAACAUUUUCUCUUACACACAUUGCUUUGUGCAUCCCACCAUCUGUGUGCUGUUACACGUGUUGUAAAUGAAGUGUCCUGGCUACGGAGCAGACGAAUUGGCUGUUGACGGCUGAAGUACAAUGUACAGGACUGCAGUAGCUUGAUGUGCAUUUGUUCUGAAGUAACUGCUUUACAAGGUUUAUUUACUCUUGGAACAUUGUUUGUCAAAUGAAUCUAUUUCCUGGAAAUAAGUACAAACUUACAUUCCCAUUAUUUUUCUCUUAUUGUACGUGUUUGAAUUAAAUAAUGUACAAAGCUGAAGUUCCUCAGCUGUGUCUUAUAAAACUUUA